UACAGCAUGGCCACAGGUCCGCGUCCGAAGGAUGCGACCGCCGCAGAACCCUUGUUGGCUCCCGCAUGGGUUAAUCCCGACCUUGGCAGGCUCAUGGUCGUUCACAAGGACGUGAUAACACCGGCAGCGGAUGGGAAUAGCAGUGAUAGCGAUAGUAGUGCCAGCACCAGCACCAGUACCAAAAGCUAUUACAAGUCAUGGGCCGAGUCCCUCGUCGACCUACCAGCCGGUGCCAUUUUCGCCCGAAUCAACGGCGUUACGCCCACAUCCAAACGAGACUACGACACCGUCCAGAGCGGCACCUCAUCUCACUUCAUCUGGAACUCUGACCUAUACUACUGCAAUCACUCGUGCUCUCCUACCCUCGAAUGCGACACAUCAACAUGGGAGGUCAGAGUAAGCCGCGACCGCCCGCUCCGCAAGGGUGACGUCCUGUCAGUCUUCUACCCGAGUACCGAAUGGAUCAUGGCGCGUGAGUUCACCUGCUGGUGCGGCGCCGGGGAACAGAGGUGCUGCGGGACUAUCCGGGGUGCGCGGGACAUGCAUGAUGCAGAUCUGCGGCGGUUUUGGCUGAAUCGGCACAUUUACGAGCUGCGUAAGCAAGAGGGAGGCGAGGUAGGGGGGGAGAGACAACAGGGAUGAUGUAAGGCGGGGAGUGUAGUGGAAUGUCAUGAAUAGUAGUUGAUACGAAUUGUAGUAUGGGCUGUGUAAGAGU